AUGGAUGCCAGGCUUCACGAAGCAGUUCUAAUGGGCGAUGUUGAUUCCUUGUCCACAUUGCUUAAAGGAAAUGCUAACAUUCUCGAUGGGGCAUUUGAUUUUGGGGAGACCCCUUUGCACAUAGCAGCUCUAUUUGAGCACGUUGAGUUUGCAAAGAUAAUCUUAAGAAGAAAGCCGGAACUCAGGCGUGUAUUAGACUCUGAACGAUCUUCGUCUUUGCAUUUGGCGUCAGCAAAAGGGCAUGUAGAGAUGGUAAAAGAACUAUUGGCGAUCGACGCCGAUAUGUGCCUUGUUCGUGAUAAAUAUGGAAGGAUUCCUCUCCAUGUAGCAGCACUCAACGGUCAUGAGGAGAUCGUGAAGGUGUUAGUUGAUAAAAAGAGAACAGCGACUCGGGUCUUAACGAGUCAAAGGGAGCCGAUUUUGCACCUUUGUGUGAAUCAUAACUGCUUUGACUCUGUGAAGUGGCUCUUAGAUUGUGUACAGGAUGGUAAAGAUAAUGAGUUCGUGAAAAUGAAGGAUGAUGAACACAACACUUAUCCUCCAUCUUGCCGCAUAUCAAAGUCAGUAUCCUUUCCUCUCCUCCUCUUCUUCAUCUUAUUCUUCUUCAAAUUGGCAACAACACCUAUAUUGCAUUAUUUUUCACCAUCUAUCUUCAUUAGAAGUAACAUUAGAAGAAAAUAUCUUUUACCAGCGGCCAAAACCGCCACUAAAAGUCUCAAAAACCUCCUGUAUAAGAAUCACCGGCGGUCAGACACGUGCCACUAA